AUGGCUGAUCGUGGAACUGAAACAAAAGGAAGUGGUAUAUGGUACUGGAAAUCGAAUCCUGAUCCGUGGUCAGAAACCCAAUAUGCACAGUGGACAACAUUUUUUGGCAUUGAAAACGAAAUAAUCGAACGAGCUUAUCUGAACAAGAUUGGACAUGCAUCACUUGAAAAUUACAUCAUUGACUUUACAGAUAUGGUUCAAGUACAUAGAAAAGAGAAACAUAAGAAGAGACCGGUCAAGCGAGAUAUUCUAUCAACGGUGAACAGCGAUGACUGUGUUCUAGGCCCGGGCCUGCUUUCGCCUGGUGAACCAGGAGAAGUUUGUCGGGUGGUUUGGGAGUGGGCCAAACAAGAAAAUGACUCGUGUCACAUUCUAAAGGAAGAGAAUGCGGCGGAAAUCAUUGAUAAAGCAGCGGACGGCAUCCUGGUAGAAGGAAAACUUUUGAAGCGUGAAGCUGAAGGAAGACAGUUUGCAGAUGGGUUGAAGACAAUGAAAGGAAAAAGUUUAGAUGAACUGAGUGUUUGUUGUGUUGCAUUGUAUGCCACGGAAUCUUUCAUGUACAAACUGGUGACUAGAACACUGCAAGAGGAUGACCUAUCUAAAAUUACUACGAUAGGACCCUUUGGCUUUCUCUUGAACAAUGCUCUUUGGAGAUUACGUUCCACUGGUAACUUCACAGUAUAUCGAGGAGUUAAUAUGGACAGAAUCAAGUUAGUUGAGUAUAAAUCGCACAUUGGCAAAGUGUGA